UUCGCUGUCGCGCGUCUUGCUCUCCGGUUCAGUUCUUUGGCUCUGAUUCUCCUCCUUGCCCACACCUAAAAGAUCCGAAUCUAGGGAGCGGGUUCCACCACCUCCGAGAUUCUCGUGGCGACCUCGCAACAACCUUUGCUCUUCCCAUCUUUUCAGUUGCCGAAUCUCUCUCGCCUUCUCUCUCUUUGAGGCUGUUCUUGGUUCGUCCACUCUCCGGAGUUCCGCCCAUUUUGGAUGUACUGGAUUUGUUCCUGUGAAGUGGAGAGAAAUUUUGUGGGGGAUAGGUUUCGUCUCGGAAACUCUUCAACUACCGUUGCUUUCUCCUUGCUCCUCUGGAUUUGCGCAGAGACGCAACCGCUAUAAUUAUCAGCGAUUCCUUUUGUUCCACUCGAUCCAGCCUUGUUGCUUUCCCUUAAAGGCGGUGUCUUUGCCAAUCCCACUUUUGGUGAGACAGAUGUUUAUUGGAUCUAGUCUAGUUCUUGAAGAAGAUAAGAUUUUCCUCGCAGAUUAGUCUGUUGCUUUGCUCUAUCCUGUUUGAUUUUGUCAGUUUUGCCCCCAAUUUUCACCCGGAUCAAGAGGACCCGAGCAUUCUUUGAUUUUUUUUCGCCCCACAAUGGCCAUGUCGCUGAGCCGCAUCUCCCACUGGAUAUGGCCGGGGAGCAGAACUAGAAACCGCAGAGGCCGCGAGCCACCGGCGGUGAGCACGGCCGUGACGAAAGGCCUCUUCCCGGACUCCCCGUCCGGGUUCCGGGAGCCAGACCCCGUCGGGCGCCCGGGCUCCGGCGCGGCACGGCCGCGUAAGGGCAAGAUCCGCCGGCGCGGCGACCGCGGGGAGGAUAGGGUCGACGGCGAGCGUGGCAUGGUUAUCGUACAGUCCGACGGCGACGGCUGCCUGUCUGACUCGGACUCGGACGGCUCCGACUGGUCAAUCGGCUGGCUCGAGCCGCUCGCGCCGGAGUUGCAGAGCGACGCGGACUCCGAGGGCAGCUUCGCCGUCCUCGUGCCGUGCUAUCGACACAGCCGCGCUGACCGGCCUGCCCGUCCUGAUGGUAGGUUCCCUGGUCCUGGUGGUGUCGCCCACGGCGGAGUUUCAGAUAACAAGAAUUUUGUGGAGCAAUGGGUGUCUUCCCUUCGGAACUGAUUUCUCCAGUUCCAUUCUUAGCUGGCUUCCAUGUAUAUACAGUAUUGUUACAUUCAAUCUGUCAUAUUCCUCAUGUGUGAGACAACCUAAAAGGGGAAAGGAAGGGGACAGAAUUAAAAGGGUGAAAGGAAGAGGACAGAAUCACAGAACAGAACAAUAGCAGUGGAAUUUAUUAAAAAAAAAAGCAAUGGAUGGGUGUGUCAUUCUUCCUGAGGUUCUAAGGCUAUGGUAUUUCUUGCAGAGUAAGACCAUCGUGAGAACCAUGAUUUGUGAUUGGUAUGAAAUGUUAUUGACAUUUCUAACAAUGGAGCACUGAAUUGAUGGCCUCAUUAUCCCAUUUUCUUCUAAACUCUAGAACUACUUGUAUAUACAAUCAUGCCGACUACAUCAUUGGCAUGAUUAUUCUUCUGUAUUCAUGAACAACUGGAACUGCUCUUACGGAUUCCAUGUAUCUUCUGUAUCAAAAUUGUUUUCUGUUUGUGAAUUGCUUUCAAUGUCAAUCUGCUGGUGCAUGGAUGUUUUUUAUCCCUCAUCAUCAUUAA